AUGCUCCCCCGCGGCUGUGCGCGCUGCCCAGCAAUGGCUGCCUCGAGUUCUCCGCCCCCCGCCCCAUCCCCGCCUCCCAACCGCAGCGUCCGAUUCAAAAAUCGCAGGGGCGAGAGCCUCGCCGGCAUCCUGGUCGAUCCCGGGUCGCCAAACGCUGUCGUCCUCGCCCACGGCUUCGAUUUAUCAAAGGAUUGGCUCCACUAUCCCGUGCUGGCAGAGAGGCUGGCCGAUCGGUCGGUGGGCAGCUUGAGGUUUGAUUUUUCGGGCAACGGCGAGAGCGAGGGGGGAUGUGAACCUGGAAAUUUUUGGAAGCAGGUGGGGGAUGUGAGGGCUGCGGCGGAGUGGCUGCGGGACGAGGUGGAGAAGAGGGUUGUCGGUCUGGUCGGUCACAGCAAGGGUGGAACUGUCGCAGUGAUGUACGCCUCAGAGUUCGAUGACAUUCCAUCGGUGGUCAACAUUUCCGGCCUUUUUGACUUGAAGAGCAUUAUCACUGAGCGCAUGGGGCCAGAAGGCUUUCAGCAGUUGGAGGAAUGCAAUGAACUGGAGAUGGCGCAGAAGAAUGAAGAUGGGAAAGCUCUAUUCAAAUCCAUCCUAACAAAACAGAGCCUGGACAUGGACGCCGCCGCGCGGCGUAUUCAGCGCACCAAUGUGCUCACAAUCCAUGGCUCGGCCGACGACAGAAACCCUGUCGCCGAGGCGCACAAGUUUUCGGCCAUUCGGUCCCACGACGUGGCCAUCAUCGAUGGAGCGGACCACGACUUCAGCAACCUGGAGCACGGGGCGGCUUUGGUGGACAAACUUGUGGAGUUCUUGACGCGGGAUGUGUGA